CAUUGUUUUAAUUUUAUAAACAGAUUAGAGUUAAUUCCGUCCAAGAAAAUGAAUCAGACCAUGAAACGAAAUACCGUUUUAGUCCUGUGUGUGCUGCUGUUGGCACUCCAGUUAGCUGAUUGCUGGAGUUGGGGCAGAAGACGCCAUAGACGCCGUAUUAGACGCCGAAAUAUAGUUUACGUCGGUCGCCCAGGACGACUUACAAGCGGUCGCCAAAGAUUUUACGUCGGAGUUAGAUAUAAAAUUCCGUUUACAGAUACCGCUGAAAACGAAAACAACCCAAUCGAGACGGAUUCCGACGAAACGCCAUACAUUAACAGCGACCAAGCGGACGACGAGUUGAUGCAAAUGACAGAGGAGUAACAAUUCCAAAGUCUAAAUACAAUGAAAGGACCGACCCCAGCACGACCCUGACUUACCAACCGUUUAAUCAACGUUCAUAUUUACACAUUUUCGUGCUUAUGUAUCAAUGUUGGUCGGAUUUUUUUUUCUUUUAUGUAGUUGGAAAUAAAAGGAUUUUUAAAAUGCAAA